AUGACACUUUCCACAAUUCCAUACAACGCUUUUUACCUGUGCAGAAAUGUAGAAAAAUUAAAUCUCCCAGAAAUUCUUCAAACUAUUGAAUCUUACGCUUUUUAUGGGUGCAACAAUUUGCAAAUAGAUAAACUUCCUGAAACGAUACGCUCUAUCAGAUCUUAUGCUUUUUAUGAAUGCAGAAGUUUGCAAAAGUUAAAUCUCUCUGAUACACUUCAAACUAUUGAAUCUUACGCUUUUUAUGGGUGCAACAAUUUGCAAAUAGAUAAACUUCCUGAAACAUUACAAACAAUUAAUUCCCACACAUUUUAUCAGUGCAGCAAUUUAGGAAAAGUAAGAUUUCCGAUUUCACUUCGAACGAUUGAAUCUUAUGCUUUUUACCAAUGCACGAAUUUAGAAAUAAAUAUAUCCUUAAGUGCAUAUACAAUCAGUUCUUAUGCUUUUUAUGGAUGCGAAUCUUUGGUUGAAGUUGUUGUUCCAGAAAAAUAUAGUUUCAAUGAUAAUAUUUUUUCAUAUGCUCACAUAAAUUUGUUAUAUUUACCUUCUGAAAUAUCUUACAUCUAUUCCUCAAAUUUUCAAUAUGCGACAAUUGGCAACGUCAUAUUUUCCGCCGAUAAUACAACACUUUUGGAAAAUACAUUUUAUUAUGCUACUAUUAAAAGUAUACGAUUUCCUAUUUCUGUUUCUAUUCAAUUUCGAACAUACUCAUACACAUAUUAUCAAAUAACAUAUGGAUCAACAUUAGAGAAAGUUAGAUUUGAUGAAGGUCUGUCAAUCGUUCCCAGAUGUUUGUUUUAUGGCUCUACUGUAAAUGACAUUGAAUUUCCAGCAACACUCACAAAAAUAGAGCAAUAUGCGUUUUAUAGGGCAACUUUAGCUCAAGUUAAUUUCCCUGUAACUGGUUUUGAUAAUAUAACAAUUGAUGACUAUGCCUUUUCAUCUAUAGUGAUGGAAAAACUAUAUCUAACUGAUGCAGUAAAGAGCAUUGGAGCAUAUUCAUUUUCAAGUUCAAAUAUAAACUUCGUGAAUCUGACAAAUCAUGUUAAGAUUGGUUCAUUUGCUUUUGCAUAUACUCCACUUUCUUCAAUUGAUAUUCCAAAUGGAACAACAACAAUAUAUCAAUGGUCUUAUGCUGAUACAAAUCUAGUUAUUGUAAGACUUCCGAUCUCAGUAUCUUCGAUUGAAAAUUAUGCUUUUGCUGGAUCAAAGAUAGCAAAGCUUUUGUAUUAUAAUAAAUCAAUGACUUUUGGAAGCGGAGUUUUUAAAGAUUCAUAUUUGCGUAAGUUUAGAUUCCAAGAAGGAAUAACAAGUAUUCCAGAUUACUUCUUCUGCUUCUCCAAAUUAAAAGAUAUUGUUAUUCCUGAUACAGUAACAUCAAUUGGUUAUGCAGCUUUUGCAGGCACACCAAUCUUUAAUUUCACAAUUCCACCUCUGAUGAGAUCAGUCACUUAUGGAGUAUAUUAUCAGACAAACAUAACAACAAUUGAAUUGACAGACAAAAUUACUUCUAUUGAUGGUUAUGCAUUUGCAUAUAGUAAAUUAAGAUACAUAAACUUAACAGAAAAGAUAACAUCAAUUGGUAACUCUGCAUUUUAUAUGAGCCAGCUUGAAUCUAUCAAUUUGACAAAAUCGAUGAGCAUUGGAUAUUAUCCCUGGGGAUAUACUCCAAUGAGAAGAUAUAAGAUUCCAUAUGGAAGAACAUCAAUAUAUUAUUAUGAACUAGCAUAUAUGACAUUAGAUGUAUUAAUUAUUCCACCAACAAUUACAUGGAUAGGCUAUCAUGCAUUUGAUUCUUUGAAAGCGCCAAAUGUCACCAUCCCUAAUGGUCCUACUUAUAUUGAUUAUUACACAUUCGGUUCUGCAAUUAUACCAGAAAUUACUUUACCAGAAUCUGUCAAUACUAUUAAUUAUGAUGCUUUUUAUUAUACUAAUUCAACAACAAUUACAUUGCCUACUAAAGAUAUUGAUAUAAGAUAUGAGUGUUUUGAAUACUCCAGGUUCAGUUAUAUAAAAAUUCCAGAAGGGGUUACAAUGAUUAAUAGGCAUUCUUUCCAAUAUAGUUAUUUAGAAAGAAUAACUCUUCCUUCAACUCUUCAAUGCAUUGGUUACAGAGCAUUUUAUUACUCCAGAUUAAAAUUUAUUGAAUUUCCAAAUAAUUUGUCUCAAAUAGAUGAAGAAGUAUUUGCUGGGACUCAACUAACUGUGGUGGAAUUACCUGCUUCAAUUAAAAUUUUUUGUAAAGGAGUAUUUAUGAAUACAAAUCUUACACAAAUUAAAAUUCCAAUUAAUUUUUCUCAUCUUAAUCAGAGUUUUUAUGAUAGCGGAUUGGAAAAUGUCAAUAUUGCAGCCAAUUCACUUCAAUAUAUUGGUCCAAGUGAUUUCCAUGGCACAAAACUCACAGAAAUUGUAAUACCAGAAGGUGUAAAACGAAUUGAAUCCAGUGUAUUUUCUGGAUCAAAAAUUGAAAAAUUCACUUUUCCAUCAAGUCUAACUUUUAUUGGUGGAAGUGCGUUUUAUGAAACUCCUUGUACAACAUUUAAGUUUACAAAUGUUGUGACACUUUAUGACUAUUGUUUUUCAGGAAGUAAUGUUAAAUAUUUAGAGUUACCUCCAACAAUAUCUUAUAUUGGACAUUAUUGUUUCUAUAAUAAAACAUUUGAAAAAUUAAUUCUUCCAUAUACAGCAAAUUUGAACAUUGGAAAAUUCGCUUUUGCAUACACAAACUUCACAAACUUCACGAUUCCUCAAAAUGCAUAUAGUAUUCAAGAACAAGCAUUUAGAGGUGCUAGAAUUGAUACUUUAACAAUUCCAGGAUCAGUUUAUUAUUUGGGAAACUGGACAGUUGUUAAUGGCUAUGUUAAAAAGUUGAUCAUAAAGUCAGGAGUGACUCAAUUGAAUGAAUAUUGUUUUGCAAUGUCUGAUAUUCAAACAAUAGAAAUUCCUUCUUCUUUAGCACAAAUUAACCAAUUCGCUUUUAUGUCGUGUGCAGUUGGAGAAAUAAUUUUACCUAAUAAUUGCAAUGUUGCAAACAAUGCAUUUGAAGAUUGUUACAAUCUGAAAAAGGUUACUCUUGGACAAGGUUGCACAAUUGGAGCAGAUGCAUUCUUAAAGUGCUUUGCUCUCAAAGAUUUAGUUUCUUAUGAUUCUGUCAGGUUUACAAGCAACGCAUUCGGAACAAUAUCCAAAGCAAUUGUAAUCAAACAUCUUGGAACAUCUGAUUCAUCAAUUUCAUCAACAAUUAAUAACUUCAAGCAAAUUGCUUCGAGUGUUAAUGUUCAAUGCAACUAUCCAAAAACAAUAUUUUGCGGAAUGACUGUUAAUAAAUUAUCAUGCUAA